AGCUGCGGCGGCCGCAGGUUCCCGAGCGGGUCGGAGCCGCCGCGGGCGCGCCGCGCACUGCAGACCCUCCCCCCCCCCAAGCCUCCCACCGGCGCCGGCGCUUCUGCCCCUCCCCAGCCAGGCCCUGAAGGACCGGACCGAGCCGCUGCCUGCGAAGCUCCCCGGAAUCGAAUUGUACCUAAGCUUGCCGGCAACCAGUCACCAAGAUGGUUUGCGGGGGCUUCGCGUGCUCCAAGAACUGCCUGUGCGCGCUCAACCUGCUGUACACGUUGGUUAGUCUGUUGCUGAUUGGCAUUGCAGCCUGGGGCAUUGGCUUCGGGCUCAUUUCCAGCCUCCGUGUGGUUGGCGUGGUCAUUGCGGUGGGUAUCUUCUUGUUCCUGAUUGCUCUCGUGGGGCUGAUCGGAGCUGUGAAGCACCAUCAGGUGUUGCUCUUUUUUUAUAUGAUUAUUCUCCUACUGGUAUUUAUUGUUCAGUUCUCUGUAUCUUGUGCUUGUUUAGCCCUGAAUCAGGAGCAACAGGGCCAGCUUCUGGAAGUUGGUUGGAACAAUACAGCAAGUGCUCGAAAUGACAUCCAGAGAAACUUAAACUGCUGUGGAUUCCGAACUUUUAAUCCAAAUGAUACCUGCCUGGCUAGCUGUGUUAAAAGUAGCCAGCAGUGCUCACUGUGUGCUCCAAUAAUUGGAAAAUACGCUGGAGAGGUUCUGAGAUUUGUUGGUGGUAUUGGACUCUUCUUCAGUUUUACAGAGAUCCUGGGUGUUUGGCUGACUUACAGAUACAGGAACCAGAAGGACCCUCGUGCUAACCCUAGUGCAUUUCUUUGAUGAGAACCAAGGAAAAUCUUUCAUUGUCAGAUCUUGUUCACUUUCUCUAUCAGUUAAGCUAAUUUACUCAUUUAACAAAGGAAACAUUAUGUUACCUACAGUGGAAUUAUAUAUUUUUACUCUUGUGUUUCUCUAAAUGAUUUUCUGUUUCCGUUGGUGUGGGAAAAAAAACAAAAAACAAAAAAAAAGCAGUGGAAACUCAUGGUAUCCCCUGACCCUGAGUGGUAACUGUCAUCUCCUGUCUUACGGUGUCUGGCACUGUCCACUGUGGCCUUUCUUAGCAUUUUUAUCUGCAGAAAAACUUUGUAUGGCACUACUGUGUUGAUCAUCUUGUGAAAUUGAGUAUACAUCUCACUGGAAUAAUUGUGUGUAGCACUGUGCUGUGUAGAUAGUUCUGUCUGGGAAGAGUUGAAGUUUAUUAUAGCCAGAAAGUCAGAGAUUCUAUUAUGUUCAGUUCAGUAAGGGAAAUCCACAUUCCCAAUAUUUUAUUUUUUUGUCUUUUUAGAAAACGAUGUAUUGUGGUGAUGUAUUAAUAUAGAAGUGAUCAUUUUGUUCCGUAGUCGUCUGUGAUGACACUGAUGUAAUUCUAGAUAUAUCUGUGUCUUUAGGAGAGGGUGGUUUUUGCCUUCUCCAGGUUAAGUACAAAGGAAAAAGGUCUUGUCCUGUCCGCUUUCAAAAUGGAAUGAGUGUGAAGAAUUCAGUGUCUCUAUACUCUUGAUAUCUUUAAAAAAUAAUUUGAAGCCUAAAACAAUCCCGUAUUUUUAAACAAGUUACUAUUUAAUGCAUUGGCCCACGUAGCAAAAAGGUAAUUUGACUAUACUAAAAAGUUAACUUUUUCAUGAAAUUUCUCAGUAUUGUAAUAGCACCUUGUCAAAUCCAAGCAUAUAUUUAAAUGUGAUAUAUCCCAUAAUUUGAAAGUGAAAUAGUAUUGUGAUUCUGUAUGUUACAUUUGAAAACAUUAAAAGAUGGAAACCA